UUCCACACACCCAUGUACUUCCUACUGAGCCAACUCUCCCUCAUGGACAUGAUGCUGGUCUCCACCAUUGUGCCCAAAAUGGCUGCUGACUACUUGACUGGAAAGAGGUCCAUCUCCCCUGCUGGCUGUGGGCUGCAGAUUUUUGUCUCACUCACACUGGGUGGUGGAGAAAGUUUCCUCUUAGCAGCAAUGUCCUAUGACCGGUAUGUUGCUGUUUGCCACCCACUGCGAUACCCCAUCCUCAUGAGCUGGCAAUUAUGUCUGAGAAUGACUGUGGGGUCUUGGUUGCUGGGGGCAGCUGAUGGACUCAUCCAGGCUGCUGCUACCCUGAGUUUUCCAUUUUGUAGGGCUCAUAAGAUUGAUCAUUUCUUCUGUGAAGCCCCCAUAUUGGUGCGUUUAGCAUGUGCUGACACAUCAGUCUUUGAAAAUGUUAUGUACAUGUGCUGUGUGUUAAUGCUUCUAGUCCCUCUUUCCCUCAUCCUAACUUCCUAUAGUCUCAUCCUUGCUGCAGUUCUCCAGAUGCAUUCUACAGAAGCCCGCAAAAAGACUUUUUCUACCUGCUCCUCACAUCUCUCUGUGGUGGGACUCUUUUAUGGUGCUGCUAUUUUUAUCUACAUGCGACCCAAAUCCUACAGGUCAGCUAACCAGGAUAAGGUUGUGUCAGCCUUUUAUACCAUCUUCACCCCUGUGCUGAAUCCUCUCAUCUACAGUCUGAGGAACAGUGAAGUCAAGGGAGCCUUGAAAAGGUGGCUGAAGAAAUAUGCAAAUAUAAAACCCUAA